CCGGGUUAUCUGACACACCCCGGCGUGCCGAGGGCGCCAAUGGCGGAGGCGGACCGCUCCACCCCCCCCUCCGUCGACCUACACCACGGGCGGCACGAGCUGUUCGGCGUUUGUCCAGGUUCCAGUGCUUGCUGCAGAUUGUGCAAUCGCUCGCGAAGCGUGUCGAGGAGGUGGAGGAGGCGCGCUCCCGGGACGCCCGCCGCGUGGCCGGGCUGGAGGCGGCCGGCGCAAGGGCAGACGCGGCGCAGGGGUGCUGGGAGGAGCGGCUGCAGGGCCUGGAGGCAGCGCUGCUCCGGGCCAUCGGGGCUGGGCUGAUCGGGCUGCCGGGGCCGUUGCCGGACGCCGCGGCUGCUCAGAGCAGCGCGUGCGGCUCUCCUGCCGCUCCCAGCGCGGGGGCGUCGGCGCCGCCGCGCGGGUCGCUCCCGUGCGCCUUCGACACGUCCGGCAUCCAGGACGCGGGGACGUUCGGGCCACCGCUGGGGACGCCGCCGCUCGGCCCGCCCGCCUCCCACGGCGCGGGGGCGUCGGGGCCGCCGCUGGGGACGCUGCCCAGGGAUGGCGGCCCGCCCAGUGCGGAGGCUUGGCCGCAGGCCGCCAGCGCCCGCCGGUCCUCCGCCUCGUCGUCGACGUGGUCCGUGCCUCCGCCCGCGGCCGCGCCCAGCGCCG